ACUCCACAAUUCUCACUCCUCAUCUCCACACGCACACACAUUGUGUUCACACAGUAAAUUAAACUUCGAUCAAUGGCGUUGCGAGUGUAUAGCGCAGCUCCGAGGAAUUCAGUGGUGCAGAAUUUUCCGGUGCAUGGAGCUGCAGAGAAGCAGCUAUUUGUGGGGGGUGAUUGUCCCCAGCUGAUGAUGAAUAGGAGGCUAAGAUUGAGCGCGGGAGUGAGGUGCAGCUUGGAUGUGGCUGCGCAAUCGGCGGCGGUGGAGGCGGUGGCGGAGGUGGGGAAGGUGACGGCUGUUACCAAGGAUACCUUCUGGCCGAUCGUGAAAGCCGCCGGGGAUAAGACUGUCGUCGUUGAUAUGUACACGCAGUGGUGUGGACCAUGUAAGGUAAUUGCACCCAAAUAUCAGGAGCUCUCUGAAAAAUACAACGAUGUCGUGUUCUUGAAGCUCGACUGCAACGAUGAAAACAAGCCACUGGCAAAGGAGCUAGGUAUCAAGGUGGUUCCUACAUUCAAGAUUUUGAAGGAUAGCAAGAUUGUCAAAGAAGUAACAGGAGCAAAAAUUGACAAUCUAAUUCAUGCCAUAGAUUCUGUAAGAUCCACUUAGAGUUCUGUUAUUGCUAUUAGAUUGUAAUAUAAUGUUAAUAUAUCAAAGACAGCUGCAACUCAUUCAUAAAUUAAUCCACAAGUAUGGUAGUAUUUGCCACUAUCUUCUUAAAA